CAAUCAAGGAACAAUUUAGUUUCAAUUUCUGUUCUCGAAUUUCAACUCAGUGCCCAGCUGAGUACAGGGCUUUAGUCUUUGGAAUUCUCUCAAAAUCAAAUAAAAGUGCGGAAGCCCCGAUCCCAUCUCGAGAACGUUUCUUUGCUCGAGGAACUGAUUAAUCUGAGAUGGAUGAAGUUUCUCUCAACAUUGAGCCAACAGGUGAUGAUGAUACUGAUGAUUUUGAGGUUGUUGGAGAUUAUGCAAUGACAGAAUAUGUAGGUCAAACUGGUAUAAUCCAAAAUCCCCUGCCUCCCGCAGUUGGAAUGGAGUUUGAAACGUACGAGGAUGUAUAUUACUUCUACAAUUGCUAUGCCAAAGAACAAGGAUUUGGUGUCAGAGUUAGCAAUACAUGGUACAGAAAAAGUAAAGAAAAAUACAGAGGAAAACUUAGCUGCAGUAGUGCAGGUUUCAAGAAGAAAAGUGAAGCAAAUCGCCCAAGACCAGAAACAAGGACUGGUUGUCCAGCAAUGAUAAAGUUCAGGUUGAUGGAAAAUAAAAGGUGGAGAAUUAUUGAAGUCGAGCUUGAGCACAACCACUUGAUUAGCCCAGCAAGUGGAAAGUUUUAUAAGUCACAUAAGCACAUAGGUCCUGGAACCAAAAGAACAUUGCAGUUAGAUGGUGCUGAUGAGGUACAAAAAAUUCGGCUAUUUCGAACUGUGAUUAUUGAUGCUGAGGGAAAUGGAAAUGUAGAUGUUAAUGGAGAAUUUGGGAAUAAUGUUGACCAUGCCAAUAAAUUGAAGCUUAAACCUGGAGAUGCCCAAUCUGUUCAUAAUUUCUUUUGUCGCUUGCAGUUGAUGGAUCCUAACUUCUUUAAUGUGGCAGAUCUAAAUGAAAAAGGAUGCUUGAGGAAUCUAUUCUGGACUGAUGCAAGGUCAAGAGUUGCAUAUAGGUAUUUUGGUGAUGUAGUUUCAAUUGACACUACAUGCUUGGCAGACAAAUAUGAUGUGCCUCUGGUUUCAUUUAUUGGCAUGAAUCACCAUGGACAAUCAGUGUUACUGGGCUGUGGUUUACUUGCAGGUGAGACCAUUGAAUCUUAUACAUGGUUGUUUAGGGCGUGGCUUACAUGCAUGUUAGGACGCCCUCCACAAUCAAUCAUCAUGGACCACUGUAAAAUUUUGCAAGUUGCUGUUGCUGAUGUUUUCCCAAGAGCUUAUCAUUGUUUUUCCUUAUCGCAUAUCAUGCAAAAUGUUCCAAAUAAGUUACAAGGAUUGUUUGAAUAUGAAGCAAUUAGAGUGGCAUUGAAUAGAACAGUUUAUCACUCUUUAAGGCCUGAGGAAUUUGAAACAUCUUGGGAAGACAUGAUCCAAUGUCAUGGAAUAAGGGAUCAUAGAUGGAUUCAAACUUUAUAUGAAGAUCGAAGACGGUGGGCUCCAGUUUACUUGAAGGAGACAUUUUUGGCAGGAAUGUUUCCAGUCCAUCAGAAUGAGGUUAAUUCUUCAUUUUUUGAAGGAUAUCUUGAGAAAAAUACCCCUCUGAAAGAAUUUCUGGAGAAGUAUGAUCAAGCUCUACAAGCAAAUUAUCAACUUGAAGCUUUGGCAGAUAAGGAAUCAAGAAACUCAAGUUAUAUGCUUAAGCCAAGGUGUUACUUUGAGUUCCAACUCUCAAAACUGUACACAAAUGAAAUAUUGAGGAAGUUCGAGAGGGAGAUCGAUGGAAUGUACUCUUGCUUUAGCACAAGGCAUAUGAAUGCUGAGGGGCCAAUUGUAACGUACAUAGUCAAGGAAGAAUUUGAAGUUGAUGGAAGUAGGAGAGAUUCCAGAGUUUUUGAUGUCCUGUACAAUCCAUCCGAAAUGGAGGUGCUUUGUGUUUGUGGGAUGUUCAAUUUCAGAGGAUAUUUAUGUAGACACAUCCUGAGAGUUCUAAACCAGAAUGGUGUGCCAGAGAUCCCAUCUCAUUACAUUCUUUCACGAUGGAGAAAAGAUAUCAAACGUUCUUAUGUUCUUGAUCAUAGCUGCAGUGGCAUCGAUAUUGAUAAUCCAGUACACAGGUAUGAUCAUCUAUACAAACACAUCGUGCACGUUGUCAAGGAAGGGAGGAAAUCUGAAGAUCGUUACAGGGUUACAAUACAAGCAUUAGAUGAGAUAUUGAAGAAGCUUCAUCUUGUAGAGGAUGGUCAAGUGUAAUCUAUAAAGGUUAGGAUUAGAUGUGUGUAUUAUGUAUUUGAUUUUCCCUUUGUUAUAAUUUUAUUAAAUA